GGCAAUAAUCGAUUCCGUCCUAGUCCCACACGAGUGGGCAAAUUUAAGGAUUAUAAUGGGCAAUGGAACGACUCGAUAGAUGGACCGAUCGUGACAAUCAUGUUCUUGUUCAUGUGCAAUAAAAUCUUUUUUAGCACAAUCAGAUUGGCUGAUCAUGAUGAUCACGUUCUUAUUGCUUGCACAACAAAAGACAAAAUGCGAAUUACAUGGAAAAAAACUGGAACAUAACACGAUACGAUUCACUUAAUCCGUACACGAGACAUAUUUCAGAAUAGUAAAUUGAGGUUGCCAUUUGGGCUCAUGGAAGCUCAUCGAGGUGGGAUGGGCCAAAGCCAGCAUAUGCACCAAUCACAACUUGAAAGAGCCCAGCUGGAUAUUUUUCCUCGGUAAAGAAAGUGAAGGGCAAGCAUUUACUAAGAUCAGAUCAAGGUUCAGCCAUAUCAACACAAGUGUUGGAGCUACUAAACCCAAUGAGAUAAAACUUUGAGCAAACCAAGGAGGGAGGGCAGACAUUUAAUGGUAGCAGAUGGAAGAGUGAUCAAUACCCUGAAGACAGAACCCGCAACAAAAGCAAGAGACCUUUAUAUAUUAGCAAACAGAGAGAGGAUCUUGCUCAUCACAUUGGGUACAUAAGAGAUGGAGAAGAUUUCUAAGCUAGCUCUUGUGCCGCUCAUAAUGUUGGGGCUGUGGUUGAUGAUCGUCCCUCCUCGGGCUGUGGCUUGUCCUUCGGACGGCGGUGCGUGCCGAGACUGCAUCCUGAACCGGCUGAACCACGGUUGCCCAUCAUGCGGGCCGGUUCUCCGCUGCAUGGGGCAGUGCUUGUGGGGCGGGUCAUCACGAGCCCAAUGCACGAGGAGGUGCGACUGCAACGGCGGGAAGCCAAAACUGUCCGAUUGCAAGAAAUGCAUGUCCAAGUGCAAGUGCAGCUGUGUGGCUUAGGCUCAAUAAUUUACCAGAGUUCUUUUGCUGUGUGUUUUGAAGGGAGUAACCGGGGCUUUAGAUUGUAUAAAUUCUGGUCUUUCUUGACAGAUCUUUGGUACUUGUUUUCUGACUUAAUGGAGUGCAAGCUCUGAUUCCUUUGAGCCAAAAAUAGGUGCUUCUGCAUCUGAAAUUGCUUAUCCAAUACGAAA